GCAACGGCGGCAGCGCGCCCCCACUCCCCGCACGCGCCUGAAGCCGACCCCGCGGCGACAGCGCAUGCGCGGCGUCGUCUCCGGAGCAACGCGGCGUCGCCGCGGAGUGACGUCAUCACGCUGCGACCCGAGGAGCCGGCCGGGCGGCAGCGGGGCGGGGCGGCCCCGGGGCUCCGAGCGCCGCCUCAGCUUCUGCGACCUCCCUUUUCCCCACUUAGAAUCGUGCAGAAGGAUCUGGAGACGUCCUAGAGAGGUUUGGGGGCAUCCAGGGGGUUCUGGACUCAUGCAGAAGAGUCUGGAGAUGUCCAAGGAGGAUCCAGGGAGUUCCCACGCCUGCCUGCAGCCGGACCCGGUGACACCGGAGCCCUCUGGCGCUGUCACCAUCCUCUGUCCCGAGGACGGGAGGUGAACUGUGUGCCACCAGCAGAGGGGACCACGGGUGACAUCAGUGUGGAACAGCCGUGACGCGGCGGCGUUGUCAUUGGGUGUCACCGUCACGCAGAGGGGACAAAAGGACCCCCCUGGGGGCAUUGCGUCGAAGUUGGGGACACCGUGAGCAGCUUGAGGACUUCCCAGGGGAAGUGGGGGCACCGCGUCACCGUGUCACACCCCAAAGGUGGGGACGCCCCCACAGUGUCACACCCCAAAGUUGGGGGCACCCCUGUAGUUUCACACCCCGAAGUUGGAAAAACCCCCACAGUGUCACACCCCAAAGUUGGGGACACCUCUGUGUCACCCCAAUGGUGUCCGACCCAAAGCUGGGGACACUCCACAGUGUCACACCCCAAAGUUGGGGACGCCCCGACAGUGUCACAUCUCAAAUUUGGGACAGCUCUGUGUCCCCCCAAUGGUGUCAGACCCCAAAGUUGGGGACGCCCCCACAGUGUCACAGCCCAAAGUUGGGGUCUGUCCCAGAGGUGGGAGUGCCCCCACAUCCCCACCAUGGCGUCACAUCCCAAAGUUGGGGACCCCCAUCUGGGGACCCAUUCUGUGCUCCCCCAAUUGCAGACAGCACUGUUCCCAUGGGGUGGGGGCGGGGGGCACCCUUUAUUUUUGGGAUUAAGGUUUAUUUCAUGAUAACGGGGGGUUGGGGAAUGCCCCCCCAUGUGAAUAAAGGGCGGAGGAGCGGC